GCGUGGGAGACGAGGAUGCAAAGUGCCAUGUUCCUGGCGGUGCAGCACGACUGCGGAGCUAUGGACAAGAGCGCCGGCAGCGGCCCGAAGAGCGAGGAGAAGCGGGAGAAGAUGAAGCGCACCCUGUUAAAGGAUUGGAAAACACGAUUGAGCUACUUCUUGCAAAAUUCUUCCACUCCUGGGAAGCCCAAAGCUGGCAAGAAGAGCAAACAGCAAGCUUUCAUCAGACCUUCCCCGGAGGAGGCGCUGCUGUGGGCCGAAGCCUUCGACGAGCUGCUGGCCAGCAAAUAUGGUCUGGCUGCAUUCAGGGCUUUCUUAAAAUCUGAAUUCUGUGAAGAAAAUAUAGAAUUCUGGCUGGCUUGUGAAGACUUCAAAAAAACCAAAUCACCCCAGAAGCUGUCCUCAAAAGCAAGGAAGAUAUACACAGACUUCAUAGAAAAGGAAGCGCCCAAAGAGAUAAACAUAGACUUUCAGACCAAAACUCUUAUAGCCCAGAAUAUACAAGAAGCUACAACGGGCUGCUUUACAACUGCCCAGAGGAGGGUGUACAGCUUGAUGGAGAAUAACUCGUAUCCCCGUUUCUUGGAGUCAGAAUUCUACCAGGACUUGUGUAAAAAACCAGAAAUCACCACGGAACCCCGUGCUACCUGAGUUGAAAAAGGGAGCCCCAGAGCAGAGGACAUUUCUUUGUGUUUCCUUAGGGGGAAGGCUGUGACCUUCCAAGAGACGGACCUUGAAAUCGGCCCGGGUGUUCAGGAAACACCCCUCAGAACUAUUGAUUCCAAGUUGGGUAGUGAGUCAGGAAGCCGCCGACUAUGCAGGAGAAGCUUGUACCAGAACAGCUUCCGCCACUGUACAGACACAGGGAGGGAAUGCGCGCUCUGAAUGUGGCGCAUCUCACCGGAAGACAGGCGUGCGAGACGAAAGAGACCGUGUAAUACUAUUUUGAUCCAAAUGCAUGUAAAAUCAAUAGGUCUGGGAUCAUGUGGCCUUAGCUAGCUGGCUGUACAUCUUUCCCCGAAUCAGUCCAUGGUACCACCUAGAGGUUUUAGUUUUAGGUUUUGAGUCCUAACAUGAACAUGUUUACUAUGUGCAGGGGUCUUGAAGUUCUCAUGACUCGGUCACCCGUACUAUUCUCAUGUAUCGCUGACCCGGAAAUUGUCUGUUUGAGUUGUUAAGUGGUGUGUGAAAUAGAGUGCGUGUCCGUGUGUACAAAAAAACCACAGUGUCCGUUAUGAGUGCCAAAAACUGUCUGGAAGGCAGCUAAACUCUGAAGUGGUCUUUGAAUAUUUUAAUAAAUUUAUUUUGAUAAAUAAUG